AGCUGCUAACAUUUGUGCCUGAUUAAAAUUACAUAUAACAAACAAAACCUUUUUUGUUCUAUUUUCAUUACCGAUUACUGUGCGGAGGAGAAGCUUAAGCUCCAGUAGUUUAAUUAAGUUACGUGUCCAUUAGAAGUGUUCGUGUUUUCUAGUUUGGGGCUUUCAGGGGUCCUGUUAAUGCACAUGACGUCACAUCAUUAGCCCGUUUUUAUCCGUGUAGUAAAACAGUCUGUAAGCGCGUGUUAAUACCGGGUGAGUAGCGGGUUUACUCAGGCGUACAGCGGUGAGUGAUGGCGGCGGUGGAGGACAGCAGGAUGCCCGGUGUGUUGGCGUUUCAGACUCAGAUCGCCUCAGUGAUGGAGGUGUUCGCCAACGCCGCUGUGGCCGAGAUCUGUAAAGUUGUGGAGGUCAGUUACACUGAGCUCCAGAUGGAGAUAGCGAAGAGUCAGAAGGAGAACACGCUCCUCAAACGGAGACUGAAGAUGAUCGAAAUGCGGGAGUCGUUUUAUAAAAGAACCAACAGGCUGAAGGAGUCGUUUGGGGGAGAGGGCGGGAGGGUACGGGUGAAGAUCGACACAGUAGAGCGUGAACGGCGACCCACUGAGGAAACACUUCCACGUGAUCCUGUAACACACACAUCUGCUCAACAGGAGUGUGUGAUGGAGUGUGUGGAGCAGGUCAGACAGCCAGACCUUCUCAUGCUGAAACAGGAGAGAACAGAGAGCGUCAGUAAAGUGCAAGAGACUGAGACCAGAGACACAACAGGCAGAGAAAACAUCCUGCAGCAUGAUUCACUCCAACAACAGGAGUCUGAUGAAGAAUGUGACUUUCUGAAGGAAGAACAACAUGAGGAGAGAGGAGACGCAUCAGCACACGAUGGAAGUUGUCCUGAAGAAGGCACUUCGAGUAUAGAAGCUGACAACGAUGACGCUGUUGCUGAUGCAAUGUGGGAAAGCAGCAUGUUUGACUCUUCCGCACACAGCAUCCCGUACUCUGGAGCGGACAUGAGUGCAGGAGUGUCCGUCAAUGAUUAUUUCCUGCACAGAGAUGCCUUGUGUUCUUAUGGCACUGAGGCUGGCUCUGUUAGUAAUGCGUCUUUUCCUGAAGGCCACUUUCCACACACUGAUGAGCGAAUUGCCUCUCAGUCCCACACCAGCCUAUUUAAACCAGAGAGGUUUGUGGUGUGUAAAUAUUGUGGGAAACGCUUCCCCCAUACCAGUGCCCUCGUCCUGCACCAGCGUGUCCACACGGGCGAAAAGCCGUACUACUGCGCACUGUGUGGGAAACGUUUCAGUCAAGCAUCCAGUCUGAAGAAACACUACGGCAUGCACAGAGGAGAGAAGCCCUUCAGCUGUCUGCACUGUGGAAAACUGUUCUCAGAUCAGAGCAAUCUGAAGAAGCAUGUUAAUGUGCACACUGGGGAAAAACCGUAUGGCUGUGUGCAGUGCGGCAAAACCUUUAAUCAGUCAUCCAACCUGAAGACACACAUGAAGAUCCACACACGGGAGAAACCGUUUAGCUGUGAGCACUGUGGCCAGAUCUUCGCCUACAAGAGCAGUCUGGUGAAACAUCAGCAGAGGAACUGCCUUACUCUGCAGAACCCAGUGCAACAGUUUUAGACCUUUUAAAAUCUGGAUGUUUUGUUCUCCAUUCAACAGUUUUAUAAAUAACAUCUGGCCUGAACUCCAGUAACUCAUUCAUGUGAUUUUUAAUUCUCUCUAAAUUAACAGUAACUGUGUUCUUCCUUCCUUUCCAGAGAACAUUCCUGCAGAUACCUCCAGGCAAACACACAUUUAAAGUGUACACUCUGUCCCUUGCCGAGUGCUCUAAUAUAAAUAUCCUUGUUAAAGAGCUGCAGACACUCUCUGUGAUGAAUUUAUUAGGUUUUGGUACAUUCCCAAGUGUAGUGAUAAAUACAGAAUCCAUUGUUUCCCUUUUAAUAAACAGCCAACUGUGUGUAUAAAAUGAUAGCAUUCAGUAUUAUAAUAAAUAAUGUGGCCACUGUGACAUUAUCGUGUAAGUAUCUGACAGUGAGAAGCUUUUAGACUCAUGUAUGAAGAAUUUUUUUUUUUCUUAAUGAACACAAACUUCUGUAAUACUAAAAUGAAAAGGAAGCUAUAUAUAGUGCCUUGUUUAUUAUAAUAAUAAUAAUUAUUAUUAUUAUUAUUAUUUCUCCUUGUGCAAAAAUAAAGUAUUGGAAAAGUUAAA